AAUAACUGCACUAAAAUGAACCCAAUACCUACUGAUGAUGUCCCCAAUGAGCUGGGCCAUGACAUAUCUGAUAUUGAUCUUCAUGAUGUUCCGGCCCAACUGGAAAAUACCUUGAAACCGAAAUUUCAUGAGAGAAAAAGUCUCUUCAACAUUAACAUUGACGAAAUAUUUGAAACCACCACUGGGGAUGAAGAAGUGCAGGAGUAUAAGGAUGAUAUCAAAGCCAGACAGCUAAAGUGGAUUGACUUUAUGGUUGACGCAACCAAAAAGGGCGAGGAUGCUCUAAAAACGUACGAGGGUACCCUAUCCAACCGUGAGGAUUUGAACCCGAUCCCUGAGGUCAAGCCCAACGCAGAACAGCAAGCCUAUUUGGACCAGGGUCCAGACUUCCAGAAUUUUAUAAGGGGUCACCUGGAAUUCCGUAAGAAUUAUGAAGUGUUCAAGCAGAAACACGAGGAAAUGAGGGAGUUGCAAGCCCGCAUAAUGGAACGCUGCCGACUUCGCUUAAACAUUGUUGUGGCUAACGUUUUUAACCAGAACUUGGGCACAGAAACAACUAAGAAGCCAUCAAAACGCGGCUGAUGUUUAUAUGUAUACUUAAUUAUUGAUGAAAAACGAAAUAAACACAGGCUAACAAAAUGGCUUAGCUCCAAUUGUAUUAAUUCUAA